GUUCGUUGUUCUUUGUUCUUUGUCACCGCCCAACCGACGCCAUCUUGUCUUCUUUCAGCCUGCAGCCUUCCCUCUUCCCCCACCUUAUCCUUCACGCAUCAACCAACCAACACCUCCCCACCACUGCAAGCUCAAUCAAACCACCACUUCCAAACUACCCACUACCAAUACCUCAAGAUGCCUCUCUCCCAACACGCAGCCCUCCCCCGUAUCGCCAACGCCUUCGGAACCAUCUUCAUCGGCUUCGGACUCAACGCCCUCCUCCGCCCCGAGCAUGCCCUGACCUUCUUUGAGUGGGCACUUCCCACAUCCCUCCCCGAGCGCCAGCUAGUCACUAGCCUAAUUCAUAUCUAUGGCGUCCGCGAUAUCUUCAUGGGGCUAGCCAUCUACGCUGCAGCCUUCUACGGCACCCGGCAGUCUCUCGGGUGGACGCUAGUGGCCUCCAGCGCGGUGGCCUUUGCUGAUGGGGCGGUGUGUUGGGGCUGGGGGCAAGGACAAUGGGGGCAUUGGGGGUAUGCACCCAUGAUUACGGCCGUUGGGGCUAUGCUGGUUGGAGUUCUCGAUCGGGUGUGAAUUGUGGAAGUUGGUGUAAAGAAGAUUGUCAUGCUCACGGCUGUGUUUGUUGUUUUUGAAAGUUGGCUGGGUGAACAGCUGCAGGCUUUUGCAUCGAAUGCGAUCAACACGCAACGAGCCAAGAGAGCGUAGAGGCUUGAUUUGGUGGGGAAAGAUGUCCGAUAAUCCAGCCGGCGGGGCGUUCUGCUGCU